CUGAGAACGGAAAGUGGAGUUGCAGGACAGGACCCACAUACGCACAAAACUGGGAGGACAAGAUCUCUUUUCGAGACACUGAUUAUUGGAUUGAGUCAUGUGUUCUGUUACCCCUGUCCAAUAUUCUAUACUGCACUUGAAUGCCCUCUGUCUCCCUCCCUACUUCUUUAUAAUGACUGCUCUUGAGCUCACCUUCGUUUUGUGAGAAUCGGUCAAGAAAAUUAGAGAUAUAUAAGAGCUGUACUAAACAGUUUCUUUACAUCAAGACGUAUUCACAUUUCAGGUCUGGGAAGAUUGGAUCAAGAGACAUACGGACUUUUCAGAAGAUGUAUCAUCAUCAUCACCAACAAGGAAAGACCAUCCAUCGUUCCACAAGAAUUCCCAUCCCUUCCGAAAGACAUAUGUUCCUGCAAAGUGGGAAUGGGAAUGGGAAUGGCAUGGGAGAGUCAGGACUCGUCCUUUCAAUCGAUGCAAAGCCUAGACUAAAAUGGACACCAGAUCUUCAUGAGCGGUUCAUAGAAGCAGUUAAUCAGCUUGGUGGAGCAGACAAGGCUACUCCAAAAUCAGUUUUGAAACUUAUGGGGAUUCAGGGACUUACCUUAUACCACCUAAAGAGUCAUCUUCAGAAGUACAGACUCAGUAAGAAUCUCCAUGGACAAGAUAACAGUGGGACCAACAAAAUUGUGGUCGGAGAGAGGAUAUCUGAGGCAAAUGGAAUCCCUAUGGGUAAUCCAAGCAUUGGGUCCCAAACAAACAAAAGCUUACAUAUGAAUGAAGCACUACAGAUGCAAAUUGAAGUGCAGCGAAGACUACAUGAGCAGCUAGAGGUACAACGACAUUUACAGCUCCGGAUAGAGGCUCAAGGUAAAUAUCUACAGGCAGUGCUGGAGAAAGCACAGGAAACCCUUGGACGACAGGACUUGGGAACAGUUGGACUAGAGGCUGCCAAGGUUCAGUUAUCUGAAUUGGCUUCCAAAGUAUCCACCCAAUGCCUGCAUUCAGCAUUUUCAGGGAUGCACGAGCUGUCAAGUUUAUGCCCACAGCAAACACACAGAGCACAGCCAACAGAUUGUUCAGUAGACAGUUGCUUGACCUACUGUGAAGGUUCUCUGAGGGACCAAGAGAUGCACAAUAACCUGAUGUUGAAACCUCUGACUCGAAGUGCACCCAUUGAGCCAAAAGAUAUUGGCAAUGAGCUAAGGCUACAGCAGGCUGACUUUAGAUGCCCUGAAGACAUGAAAGAGAAUCACAAGUGUGGUUCCACAAUGGCUGGAGACAGAGAAAAAGAGUUUGCUAUGAAAACAAAUUCUAGCAAUUUAUCAAUGAGCAUUGGAUUUCAAGGGGGAACAUGGAAUGCCAACAGCAGCUAUCCAGAGGGGAGUUUGGCUAAACUAGAGAACGAGAAGAUGUCAUCGCAAAGAUACAAAGUGCCUUAUUUUGGACCUAAACUGGAUCUAAACGCCCACGUUGAAAAUGAUGCUGCUUUAAGUUGCAAGCAAUUUGACUUGAAUGGUUUCAGUUGGACCUGAGAGAGCUAACUGGAACGAGCAGGAUUGGUGACAAGUUCAGAAAGGACUGUUACACUUAUUUUGAUUUUCCAUCAGGAAUGGAAAUCAGAACUUCAGCUCAGAAACUUCCUUUUUCAAUUUUUAGCAGUCCAAGCAGAAGCUGUUGCAUGGUAGUUUAAGUUCAAAUCGGAUAAUGGAAUAGAUCGUGGUUCAAAGUAGCGGCCCAUUUAUAUCUAACUCCGCACCUUUCGAGGUGAUACCGUUACAUGAUAUGUAUAAAUUCCAAGUCUCGCAUGAUUCGACCUAGUCAUAUGAAUUGUAUCCGAG